CCUCCCUGUCCGGCUCUCAGUGUGGACGGCUCCCGGGGAUCUGUGCUCCUGUCGUGUGUCGCUGCGCUGUCCCGUGUGCUCCGGGCAGAGUAUAACUCUCAUCCUCCGCUCUCUCUUUCUCUUCCUCCUUAUUGGUGUCUCCUGGAAACUUUCCCGCGAUCGUUAAGGAAGAAAAGAAAGCGGCUGUGCCCGGCUCCCGGCGUCCUCCUCCUCCCUGAGCGCUGCCGUCCCGCCGCUGUGCCCCCGAGCCCGGCUCUGCGACCUGGAUGGAUGGGUAUGGGGAGAAGGGCCGCACUCUCCUGCCCCGGGGCUGACCGCCGCGGCCCCCUGCACCUCCUGCUGCUGCUGCUGGCCCUCUGGGGGGACACAGGUUACAGUCAGCAGCAGACACAAUGUCGCAUCCAGAAGUGCACAACAGAUUUUGUGUCUCUAACGUCCCAUCUGAAUUCAGGGAGUGAUGGCUUUGACUCUGAGUUUUGUAAAGCGUUGCGGGCGUAUGACGGCUGCACACAGAGGACCUCUAAAGCUUGUCGUGGAAACUUAGUCUACCAUUCUGCUGUGCUGGGGAUCAGUGAUCUUAUGACUCAACGAAACUGCUCGAAGGAUGGUCCUACAUCUUCUACAAACCCAGAACUUUCAAAUGACCAUUGUAACUUUCACAGCAAAGUGACCGCAAGAGAACCAGGGCAGGGAGAGAAGCCUCAGCCCAAUUACCUCUUUUGUGGAUUGUUUGGAGAUCCACACCUCAGAACUUUUAAAGAUCAUUUUCAGACUUGCAAGGUGGAAGGAGCUUGGCCACUAAUAGACAACAACUAUUUGUCUGUGCAAGUGACCAACGUGCCUGUGGUCCCUGGAUCCAGCGCUACAGCUACUAACAAGAUAACCAUAAUAUUCAAAUCUUACCAAGACUGCACGGAUCAGAAAGUGUACCAGGCUGUGACGGAUGAUCUGCCUGCAGCGUUUGUGGACGGCACAACCAGUGGUGGGAAUAGUGACCCCAAAACCUUGCGGAUUAUAGAGAAAGUCAGUGGAAAGCAUGUUGAAAUGCAUGCCAGAUACAUGGGGACAACUGUCAUUGUGCGACAGCUUGGAAACUACCUAACUCUAGCAAUUCGAAUGCCGGAGGAACUGGCUAUGGCUUAUGAGGAAAGCCAAGACUUGCAACUGUGCAUGAAUGGCUGCCCAACCAGUGAACGCAUUGACGAGCGUGGACAUCUACCCCUCCCUGUGACCAGUAACAAUUUACCCAGCUCAUCAUCUGGACACUUGCGCUCAGCAUACACACUGGAAAGUGCCAUUGCCAAAUGUCUUGAAAAGUUCCAAGUGAGGCACAUCUAUUUCCAUUCUUGUGUUUUUGACUUACUCACAACCAGUGAUGCUAACUUUACGGCGGCAGCUCACAGUGCUUGGGAAGAUGUGAAGGCCUUGCAUCCCAAAAAAGAGCUUUGGAUAAUCUUUCCAACGAGUGGAAAUACGGGCAAACCCCCUGCUUUGCCUGCUGUCAUUUUGGGGCUUGUGUGCUUGGUUUUUGUUGCUCUUUUGUAGAAGUUUUUCUUGUGUAUAAAAAAAAAAAAUUUGUAAAAUAUAUAUUGUUAUAAUAUAUUGAGCAAGGAUAACAGCAUAUAUGUAUAUACCGUGUAUAUGAAGGGAUGUUUGUCUCGGGAUGCCCAUGAGAUUGUACAUAUUGUGUUCUUGUUUAUACUUAAGCUGGAUGUAGUAUUGUUUUAUUUUGUCUUGUUUUGUUCUUUAGUUUUUUUUUGUUUUUUUUUCAGUUGUACAAUGUUUUAUAUGUUUCUUUUAGAAAGCACUUUAUUUUUUAUAAGAUAUUUAUGUGUCUAUACAAGUGAGAUACGAUAUGUGUGAAUGCACACUUACUAAGCUCUUUUCCUGUAUUGUGUUGAUACCUAAGAAAGUUUUCUAUUGUGUGACUUGGCAGGUUAGACGUAGUUUCCAUGUAAUGGCAGUAGGGUUGCCAUGGUUUGUCAUGGAAUUCUUCUAAUGGCUCAUUGGAAAGAAACCGUACGAACAGCUUUCUCUACUGUCCUAACAGCCCACAUGAAAGGUCAGUAGUGAUGAUUAAACUGUAUGGCACUGUUCACAUAGGUAUGUGUUAGACGCUCCAUAGAACAAAACAAAUCUAGAGCUUUCCGGUGUCGUGGUUAACCCCUCCAUCUUGUUUGCGGUUCCUAGUGUGAACAGCCCUAUAAGCCAUCUUCUCAAACAUGGUAUAAUGGAAAAGUUAUGUGAAAAACAGAAAAACCCUUCCAAUUCCAAUACUGUCCUUUGUUUUACAAUUGAUCCUUCUCUCACGCAGGCCCCUGUCCUUACCGCUGUAAAUCCUACAUUCCUGUAGAAAGGAGUCUACUUUUUCCAAACACAUUUUCACUCCUCCAGUUAAUUGAACUAAGCUACAUUGCCUGUAGAGACGAAUGGGGCUAUUUGUUGGGAAAAAGACCCUAUGUUCUGUUAUGCUUUUUAAUUUUGGGUCUAAAACAUAUAAACCGCUAGUAUUUUGCAACCUAAAAGCAAUGCACGAUCUGCAUGUCUCCUACAGAUGACCAUGUUUAAGUGAUUUUCUUAUUUAUUGUCCUUUUACUUUAAAUAGCGGUCGACCUAAUGUUGGUUAUGAUUCAAGUGAGAUGGCGCCUCUCCCAUCCUGUACCCAGAAUUAUAAACAUUUAUAUUGCUGUUGUCCUAUUAAGUCAUUAUUAGAAGCUGUUCAUUUAUACUAAGGCAGGAAGAAAAUGUUCAUUUUAUAAAUUGAUUCCCUAAAUUUGGCUGCCCCCCAAUCCCUGCUGCCGGAGACAGCUGCCUCAGAUUUCCUCAUUAUAGGGCCACUUCUGCUCAGAAAUUAUAUUAUUUUAAGAUAUUUGCACAAAAAUGUAAUUGUUCCUAUGGGUCUUUGGCAUUUGAAAAACUGAUUUCUAAUUAUUCCAUUUUGAGUGUAUGACCUAUAGAAUAUAUAUCGGAUCCCAUUACAGCUGGCUGCAUAUUCUGUUAAGAACACAUUUGGGAUGUUGACUUUACUGUCUUUCCUUACUUUUCAGAACUGUGAAUUAAAUACAAACCUCUUGUCCGUUCUAGUUAUGACCGCUUGUGUGAGCAAUAAGCCUUUUUAAAUAUUGCAGUGAAUAUACUGCUAUUCUGAACAGUUGCCUUUGUUUUCCCAAAAACCAGUGCACCUAAAAAGUUACGUGUCGAACAUUUGGAGUGGGGUAAUACCCAUAUAAUGACUGGCUCAAAAAAGAUCACCUCCUCUGCCAUUUUCCUCCAAAGAUCAAGAAUGUAGGAUGGACUUGGCUGGCUUUCCUCAAAGGAUCCUCCAUUAUUGGAUGGACGUCUUUUUAUAGUUUUGGUUAUUCCCGUUGGAUGUUUAAAAUACUAACCAUAAAUGGCACAAUGUCAGCGUAGUUAAAGUUUUUUACCUUUUUUUUUUUUUGUACGGUUUUAUUAGAUUUAGCAGAAAGAUCCUACUUUGCAAAUUUAUAUCGCUAUACACAAGUCGCCAGUAAUUCUUCAUCAAAGGUCAUUCACAAUCUGUAAAAUGGAGACAGAUCACAAAUAAGCUUGAACCUUCAAUCAGGUUUGUGUUUUUUUUCUCUUUGCCCUUUCUAUAUGUUAGUCUUUAUCGGAGAUUUACAGUAUAGAAAAUCCAAAAAUACCAUCUGUUAUACUCUUUUGUAGUAUCUAUUCGAUGCCCUAGAAAAAUGUGGGGCCCUAAAAACACAUUUUUCUGGCUCCCACAUUUUUUUU